AUGGCCUCCACCAACAGCUGGACCCUCGAGCUCGAGUCGCAAGUGACCGCGCAGCGCAAGUUCCGCGCCUGCGUCAUGGACUGGCACAAUCUGGCACCCAAGCUCGCCCCAUACAUUUUCAUCAACGCCCACCAUGCUGAGGGAGAUGGUGGCAUCGGCAGCGUCAGACACUGCAACUGCAACUCAUCCAUGCCCUUCAACGUCAUGAAGAAGAAGGUUGAGUUCCUCGAUGAGUGUGAGUGCAAAUACACCACCGAGUGUGACGGCACUGAGACGGCCACGUUUAACGUCAAGGUGAAGCCAACGGCAAACGGUGGGAGUGUGGCCAAGGUGGAAUGCACAUACAAGGGCGUGGAGGGGAAGGACAAGAUGCUCAAGGCCAAGGACUCUGUUGGUGACAUGUUCAACACUGCUGAGGCCUACCUCAUCGCCAACCCAGACGCGUACAACUAAGUCAGCA